CCUUCAUCACCAAGACAAGUUUUAGUGAUUUGUAACAACAGACUUUUAGAAUGAGAUUGUGCAAAAGACCUUUUCCGAAACCUGUCAUCGUGUCCAUGGUAUCACUUGUGGGCAUAACACUUUAUCUUAUUUGUAAUCCUACAUUUACAUUUAAUUGGAAAUCUUCAUAUGGUUUACCAUUGAUACAUAGACCAUAUGGUUAUGGAACGAUUACUAUGUAUUUAAAAGACUCGGGGACAUUUAAAGCUGUCGAUAAGUUGAAGUCAGAUACAAAUUCUUACAAAGACAAAUUUACAACCGUUUCAACAAAUGCGUCAACAAAUGGGUGUUUCCAAUCCUUUUGGGAAUUGAAUUUUGGUGUGAAAACCACUCUGAACGCAGAGAGAAAGGAGGUUAAUUAUACCGGUAUUCCUAGGAACUGCAACAGAUAUGUGAUGCUGGAUUUGCUACCGGGGCGAACCGGAAACAUAAUGUUCCAGUUUGCGGCGUUGAUUGGCCUAGCGAAACGGUAUGACUUAAUACCACUGGUUAAAGACCACUUAACGAUAGGCCAAUGGUUUGAACUCCCAAUUUUUCCACGUGUCGAAAUGAUAGAUAGUAUGGAAUUAAAAUCACCCGUCUGUUGCGUAUACGAUGAUGUUUUUGAACAUAUUAACGGCUUUAACAAUUGGACUAUUUCCGGAUAUUUUCAGUCUUGGAAAUACUUUUCACAUGUGAAACAAAUAAUUGAGCAAAUGUUUACACUCAAAGAAGUAUUUACGAAAAACGCUAUCGCAUUUUUGAACGAGACGCGGUCGCCUGGUCAGUGGACCGUAUGCAUACACGUCCGACGGGGCGACAUGCUUAUGCCCUCAGCCUCUAUGCGUGGAUACAGAGUUGCUGGUAUCGACUUCAUCAACAGAGCAAUGGAAUACUAUAGAACGGGUCUACUCAAUGUUCUCUUUGUCAUGGUUAGUGACGGGAUUUUAUGGUGCAGGGAAAACAUCCGCGGGGAAAACAUUACGUUCAGCCCAUUUUACUCAAAUCUCGACGAUUUCGCGUUGAUGACUUCAUGCGAUCACGUGGUUGUGACAUCCGGGACCUUCGGCUGGUGGGGUGCCUGGCUGUCUCGCGGCACAACUGUGUAUUUUAAAGACUACCCAGGCUCUGGUUCUUGGCUUGCGAGUCAGACCAACCGCGAAGACUAUUAUCCCCGACACUGGGUGGCUAUUUAAAUGGACAUACGCAGAUUGCAUUAAACGCUUUAUAGCGUCGUGACGACGCUGAUUGACAAUAACCACUUAUUAAAAAGAAAAGCGUUCUGAAAAAGACGUAUUUAAAGUUUUAUAAUAAAACUUAAUGGUUAUAUUUCUUAUUUGAUUACCCGAAUCUUGAAUAAUGCACGUUUGUGUAUUGGCACCGUGCAGCAGACCCUUAUUAAUGUAGAUUAAUACUCUGAGAAGAUUGAAACA